CCCACGAAUGUCAAAAAUUCACACCUGCGUCCAGCCGCCUCUCAGCUUCACUUUGAUCAACUCUGAGGGAAGGCUGGCUGACUGGAUAUAUAGGCUAAUGCAGUCCGAAGGAAAGUCAAACUAUUGCUAUUGCAUGCUGAACCCGAGUAGGUCUAGGUCACAAUGGCAGUCGUGCAUGGAAACCUUGGGAAUGGACACUUAAAACAAUUCCAGCUGUUUCCAACCGCAGAUUUGGAAAGGAGGACUAACAUGCACACAACAGAUUACGCAGCUCAGGACAGGAUGCAGUUCCUCAAUGGCUCCUCCAGGGCGGACAGCGCGAGCUUGUUUACGCACCGCAGAAAACGCACCAACUUCACGCAACAGCAGAUUGACGUCCUGGAGAAAGUUUACUUGGACACCAAAUACCCUGAUAUUUAUUUAAGAGAGAAACUUGAGGCACUGACCGGUUUGCCAGAGUCGAGAAUCCAGGUAUGGUUCCAGAACCGAAGGGCAAAGUCACGGCGCCAGGUGGGAAUUCCUGUUCCCAACAAGACCAGUGGAAGUAUACUGACCCCCAACAAUCUUCUUAUGAACCAGUUUACGACACAUCAGAACCACACCAGUCUGGAGACCCAAAGAACACCAAAGUUUGUCACGAUGGACAACUUCAGUCAACAGAUGAUCAACUCUUCAGAAGAGAAGAUCUGCACCCUGAAAGGUGACAUAUACGACCCAACCACGAUUCCAUGCAUGUUCAGCAGAACCGAGGAGAACCCAAUCAAAACGGAUCACCUGAGCGUUGUGGUGCCACGCAAUUACACACAGCAGUAUCCGAAGGGACAUGGACAGUUCACGGCCGCAAGCCAUGCUAAGUCUACAAUGAAGCAAUUUUUGGUGGAAUACGACAACUACCCACCGAACAAAACCAUUGGGCCAGAGAUGAAGGUGGUUAUUCCACCUCUCCCAUCACAGAAUAACUUCAUGAUGUCCUCAUCAUCCCCCAAACACAUUGCCUGUUCUGUCCAAAACAUACCAGUCAAGGUCCAGCCAGGAAGUUUUGGAACUUUUUCUCCUAUCAGAGCAAGCGAAGCUGUCGAGUUCUCAGAUUCUGACUCAGAUUGGGAAAGAGAAGCCAUUUUUAACGGAUUCAUUUAGCUUUUUAAGUUUUUACACUCA